AACGUGAUAAGGCGCUGUAUCAAAUGCGGAAAUGAUUAAGUGCCGAGAGGUGUAGCUGUGUCUUAUGUUAUCCCAGGGGAGAGAUGGUCUUCGAAAAAUACGAUCGCAGCGAAGGAUGCACCACUGAAAGACUUCAGGACAAAAGGCAAGAGAAUCAGAAGUCUCGGUCGCAGCCGCCCGUGGGACCUCACACCCCCGAGUCCUCUCCCCCACACGCCAGCGAGGCAGGUCACAGAGGACACGGGCCAGUGAGCCCCAGCAGCAGCAACGAGCAGAGAAGUGGCUGCUCCGGAGCGAGUCCGAUAAAAGGCGGAAAAGGCAAGAUGAAUAAAGGGCCUGACAAAGGUGGGAGGAACAGAGCGCACGGGACCCGGGGGGAGGUGAAGCCAUCUUCUCCCAGAAAAUCCGUCGUCGGCGAUCCUUCCUGCAAGCUCCAGAAGCCGCCUCCGGGGGUGAACCCUUUGCCGUGCCAGGACCUGCAGUCAGACGUUCCAAACCCGAUUGCUCUCCAUCCCGUCCUGCAAACCGCGUUGCAACAGUUCGGUUCCCUUCAAACGAAGGGGGACAAACUGGAAGUGGACGCGAAAGCCAAAGCUCCGGCGACAUCGGGGGUGGAGCAGAAGAAAGCCGUGCGGGAGGACAGACCUUGCCACCAGCCUCCUGCCUUCCCCGCACCCAAGGUAACUGGACACGCCGCGUUCAAGAGCUGUGUUGUGCCGAGUGCUGAUUCUCUGAGGGAGCCCGCAGCACACUCGAGCAAACCAAGAGAGACCAGAGGCUCCGAGACCCCUGUAAAGAGACCAAAACCCAUGCAGGGCGACACGAGAGCACCGGAGAGGAAAUGCAGCGAGCUCAAGAAGCGCAAGAAGCCGGAGAAGCAGGAAGCGAGCCGGGCUCCGGGUGGUAAAACCCCGGCGGGGAUUGGGAUUAACCCGUCGAGGGCUAAGCUAAAGAGAAAAAAACCCUUCCGAAUCUCAGAAACCGAGGGUUGGAGGCAGAAGGAGACCGAACUCCAGGAGGUGAUGGGUUUUGAGGAGGGGGAGCUGUCGCCUUCAACCACAGACGACACGAGUGACGAUGACAUAUUUCGAGAACCACCAAAGACCCGACCAGCGAAGACCCGCAGAUCGCAAGCCAGGCGAGCCGGGCACCCUGACCAGCCCAGUCCGGAACUGCUCUGCAACCCCUCGACAGACAGAGCGAGGAUUCUUCCAGUGAGAAAUGACGUCAAGAAAACUUCCCAGACGAAGCUCCACACUCCAGUCUGCAGUGAAACGACCCUGAGACAUUUGUCUUCCAUGAUCAUCUAUGAUUUGACCCAAAAAAAAACCACAAAGGAGAAACACUGUCGUCUCAGCUGCGAGGAACGUAAAAGCCAAAAGGCGCCCGGGUUCGGACGGGAACCGAACGCGAAGGUUUCGUCAAAACUUCCCAAACCUUUGUGCAAGAGCAACGGGGAAGUGAAGGCUGGCGGUGAUGAGGAACGCAGACGGGUCGGUGGUCUGUCAGGCAGCAAUAAGGGCAACACGAGGAGCAAGGACAGCCGGGGGAGGGAGGCCACGGGACAGCAGAGCGACUCGAAGAGAGAAGCUCUGAGAGAGGCUCGCACGGCCGCCAUCUUGGCCAGGAAGGACAAGCUGGAGGAGGCGUUUCACUGGGACUGUAAGGUCUUGCUACGGUGGCCAAGAUGCUGGUGAGGAUGCAGCCGGGGGUGGAGCGCCAGAUGCAGUCGGCGCUGAGGAAAACCCUGCGGUUCGUAAGCAACCGCUGCGUGCAGAGGCUCCAGAGGUUCAUCGCGGAGUACGACCACGCAGCCAGGGCCAAGGAGAGACAGCGCAAGGCCAGGAACGGACCCAGUUCCUCCUCGUUGACGACGACGUCAUGACCCGAGCCGAGAGCAGCCAAAGGUGGGCUUGACUCCGUCCGCAGCUCAGCUCCCAACUGGAUGGAGAAGAACAUAAGGAUUUGCCGGGCGAGAGGUCCCAUUCAUUUGGCCCUCCGCCUUCCUGGCAGUCGCUUGUUGUGUUGUGUCACAAACUAUAGACGAAUAGUCCAGGUGUAGCGCGCGCUGUAACUCGAGAGAGAGAGAGAGAGAGAGAGAGGGGUGCAGGAGGGAGAGAAGGUUUUUUGUUUCUCAUUCCCACCCUCUACACCUCCCCCAAGUAAUCACCUUAUUCUCGGGUGUAUUCUGCACGUCGCGGACUAUUUUAAAGCGAUCACUUUUGUUUUUUUGCGCUCGUACGUGUGUAAAGUUUUUUUAUGCAGAAGAAACCAAAGUUUUUAAGCAAUUUUUUUUUUAUUCCAAUCGUUCCGAUCGUCCUCUUGUCUCGACAGGGAACAAAGUUUUGGUUCUUGGUGGUGGUGGUGGAUUUGU